AGCUCUAUAAAGCGGCUCUUGCUGACAUUGCAGCCAUCCACUCACUGGGGGAAGCUGGUUCCUCAACUUGUGUUGGAGCAUCUGAUAUACCGAGAUCCACGAAAGAUGUCCUACCAGAAUCAGCAGCAGUGCAAACAGCCUUGCCAGCCACCUCCCAUCUGCUUACAGGCUUGCCAGUCCAAGUGCCCUGAGCCAUGCCUUCCCAAGUGUCCACAGCCUUGCCAGCCCAAGUGCCCUGAGCCAUGUCCUCCUAUGUGCCCACAGCCUUGCCAGCCCAAGUGCCCUGAGCCAUGCCCUCCCAAAUGCCCUGAGCCUUGCCAGCCCAAGUGCCCUGAGCCUUGCCAGCCCAAGUGCCCUGAGCCAUGCCCUCCCAAAUGCCCUGAGCCUUGCCAGCCCAAGUGCCCAGAACCAUGCCCUCCAAAAUGCCCUGAGCCUUGCCCUCCUAAGUGCCCAGAGCCAUGUCCUCCCAAAUGCCCUGAGCCUUGCCCUCCUAAGUGCCCAGAGCCAUGUCCACCACAGCAGUGCCAGCAGAAAUGCCCCCCAUGCCCUCCACCCUGCCAGAAGUGCCCACCUAAGAGGAAGUAAACAGUGCCUAAUGCUGGCAGCACCAUGAAACAGGGAGCUUGACCUGGCUCCUAUCCUAUGUCUCUGAAUCUCCAGGCUUCUCUGCCCUUAUUCUCCACUAACAGGAAAGUCAAGGAGGAGAGCUCUUGUUCUUAGUGCUGCAGUCAUUUCAGAAAUGAGACCUCUGUUUCACCCCCAUCUUUCUACCGCUUGGGAUGAGAGACUGCAGAAAAAGUACCAACCUACUAUAUGCCAAACUUCCUGGAAUCUCAAUGAAAGGAUGACUUUGAGUGACCAGACUCCCUGGCCCCCUGCCACUGCAUAAGCUCUCUUCUUUUGUGUUAUAACCUGGGUGGCGAUUCCCAUCCCUCCAGCCCUUGCCACUCUCCUCUCACUGACCCAAAUAAAACGCAUGUUUCAUGGUGACU